AUGAGAAUAUUACAAUUAAAAUACCAUUUAAUAUUACUAUUAUUAGCGGUGUAAAUCUAACAUAUCAACUGUAGUUUAUCAGUGCUAAAUUUUAUAGAGGCAGCUUGCCAUUUAAAUUAAUAGAUAGAAUCUUUUUAAAAGAGUCUCAUUUAAUAGCGAUAAAAUUUCUUAGAUAAUUAUGAGAAGAUAGUUGCUCCUACUUUAGUUAGAAAUAAAUAUGUAGAACCAUAAAUUCCUAAUUUAUAUUUGAGUUCUAAUUAGGAAAGCAAAUAAUAGAAAGUUGAAUUGACAAAUUUAGAUAUUAAAGACUCAAGCCUGUGCUAAGAUAGUUAAUGCAUUAAUAGUAAUAAUAAAAGUAGAAGAAUUCUUCAAACAUCAAAUAAUGAUGGCUAAGUUGGAAACUAAUAAUAACCAGAUAAUUAAGAUGAUGAUAUAAAAUAAAAGAAACUAAUUUAUGACGAUUAAGAUGAUUAAUAUCUUAAAACAUUUGUGCAAUAUGAGAAUGAUCCUUUUAUAUUUCAUAUUUACAUGAAAGAGUAAGUAUAGCUAGAAUACAACCUAGGAUCGACAGACGUUAAUGACAGCUUUGAUACUGAAUAUUAGGUGCCUAUGAAACUCAUAUACUACUCUAAGUUAAGCAAUUAAACAUAUAAGAUUAUAAGAUAGCCUGAACAUUGCCCUUCAAGCUCUCAAAAAAUAAUAUAAAAACGAUAUUUUUAUUAUUGUGAUCAAAGGAGAGUCUUUAUAUAGUAAUAUGUCCUCUACAAAAAAUAGAAUGUGGAUUGCUACAAAAUUGAAGUUUAUAUAGAAGCUUGCCAUUGCCCAUACGAUAAAUAUGGUACUUUUUGUUCAGAUCAAGUACCAAUAACUUGUAAUGUUCAUAGAAAAAUUGAUCAAGUAGAUACCUAAAAAAAUUAAAAUGGUUCGAAGCAAAAUGAAAAUACUCUUGGAGUCUUUUAUGAUAAAGUAGGAACUUUAGAGAGUUAAGGAUUUAGCAUUAACAUUAAAUGCAACAAUUAGAGAGGUUUUGUAGACAUUAUAAACAAAAGAUUUCAAACUAUAAAUGGUCUGUGCACUUAUUCAGAUAUGAUAGCAAAAAAUGAAUGUAUUAUUAAAUAAUUCAAUUAUACCUAUUUUGAUAGUGAUAGUAACUAACUUAAAAUAACUGAUGACAUCAAGUUACAUUUUAUUUUAGAAGUAUCCAACCUCAAAAAAAUCAGUUAACCAUUGAUUUUAAAUUAUACAUUUCCUACAAUUAAUUCUGAUAUGCUUCUUGGAAAGCAAAGUUUUAACAUUCCUCUUUACUUAAAAGAUAUUUAAAAUACUUUUCCCUAGUUUUAAAGCUCAGAUUUCCUCUAAUUUGGAAAAUUAUGGUACUCAAUGAAAAUAAUAGGAGAGUUUUAACAAUCUAAUUUUACAGAUAGUGAGAUCAAUUUAGGAUAUUGGAAUGGAGUUUUAGUUGAUGAGAGCUAUGUGGAACCAAAGUUAAAUUAUUUUUAGCUUUUAACCAUAAAUUAAUGGGAUUUAUUAGACUAUGUAUUUGUACUAUUAACAUUCUUUUUGCUUUUGGUAGUUUGCCUUAUCCUUAUUUACCUCUUUACAAAUGUUAAAAAAUUGUUUACUAACUUUGCUUCAUACUUAUAUCAACUAAAACAAAAGUCAUUUUAAAAAAAUCAAAUGUCCUAGGUAAUUAAUGACCAAAAUAAUGACUAUGAACACUUUAAUGACGUUUGA